AUGCUAGAGAAGCACAGGCACUUGUUGAUUAAGUUUAGGGGAGAAAUUGUGGAAGAUUUGUUAGUGGACGAUGUGCUUCCUUACCUACGGAGCAAGUUUGUGCUGGACUCUGAGGACGCUGAGGUCAUUCGAAAGGAGCUUACUUCCCGAAGGCAAGCAGAAAAGCUUCUGGACAUUCUUUCAUCGAAAGGAUAUAACACAUUUGAUCACUUUUUCGCUGUUCUUAAAGAGAAAUACCAACAUCUCGCGCAACUUUUAUCGAGUGAUGAGAGUAGCGAGGAUGAAAACGGGUUUAAUCAUGUCACGGAAGGUAUCGACUCACCACUACAAUGUAAGUAUAAAUCAAAGGGUUUUUUUGCCUUUCUUUUGGUGGAAAAAGCCAUUGUUGCUAGUUUCCUGUAUAACUUUUUAUUUCGACAUUGGUGCAGAUGGAACUCGUUUGAUUCUGACAAAGAUAAAUUUCGUAACAUAGCGAAUUUGUUGUGUUCGAUCCACCUUGGCCAAGGUACGUUUCUUACUGCUAGAGACAAGACAUGGCCCAUCAAACAUGUUGUUUUACUUCCGCUGCAUUUUUCAUAACCCAUUCUUUCUUCUGACUUCACGAUUCUCAAGCAGUUACUCUAAUGGAUUGUUGAAGGGUAAUGAAUGGUGCUUGACCCAAUAUCACGAACAUGUAAACAUAUGAUUUUCUUUUUCCUAAUAUUGUCCUCAUCUUUAGCAUCAUUAUUAGACGUUUUGGUGUGUAGUAUUGCUGAGAAUUUUCAUGACUUGUGUCGUAUUUUGACGAGCCCGUAGGGUGAGUCAAAAUACACACAACGAUUUUUUUUUCUGCUAAGUCUUUCUACUCAUUUCUCAUAAGGCGAGAAAAGCAAACCAGACAGAGAAGCAUAGCGGGCGCAGCCGACUAAUCAGUCUUUUUACAGUACAAAAUAACCAACUGUCCAAAUAACCGUACAGUAUCGCAGGAUAUUUGUACUCUAUUCGCGCGUUAUUAUUACAUUUCUUUGUGCAGUUGGAUAAUGAACAUGUUUAUUGUAUUGAUAUUUUAUCUCUUUUAUCGAGCUGCAUCCAGUAGAGUACAAAUAACAUGCGAAUCCGGUACAAAUAUUCUGUUAUUGCACAGUUAUAUGAACUAUGUGACAGUUAUGAGGAUAAUGAAUAACUGAUUAGAUGCUUUGGUAUGUUGUUUUGCUGAGUAUUUUUGCUUGUUGUUUGUCUUUUGAUUUGCCCUGUAGGCUCGUCAAAACAUGGCACAACUUGGCUCACCUUUUAAAAGAGAUAUUUUUUGCUAAUUAACUAGACAUCUUUAAAUACUAGUUAGUGACAAGUCACGCAAUGUACAUCUCAUUCCAGUGUCCAGACACUAACUCAGGGGCCCCCCUUGUUGUGGAUUCUAAAUUCUACUAUCCUAGGGGUUUAGCUGUGUGCCGAUACUCUCAAACACUGCUUGUUUCAGAGGCUCUUGUUGGCAACCACCUUGCUGAGUUGCAAAGAUUUACAACUGAAAUUGUUUUUAUUUCCAUAGUGCAAAUGAUGACUCAGGACCAUGCUAAUCUCCUUAUUGCCAACCGGGUGGAAAUUGUUGAAGAUCUCUUGGUUGAUGAUGUACUUAACUUUCUUCAGAGUAAAAUGGUAUUUGAUGUUCAUGAUACUGAACUAAUCAGAGCAGAAGUAACAUCAAGAAGACAGGCAGGGAAGCUGCUAGACUUGUUGGAGACUAAAAAUGAUGCAGCCUUUUAUCAUUUCCGUAAGGCAUUGGAAGAACCUUAUCCUCACUUGGUGGAAUAUUUGCAAGAAAAUGCUGCUGCUCCAAGGAAAGUAUCAAAAGCUAAAGAGUUAUCAGAGAGAGGUGUGUAGCAAAAAUUAUACAUCAAUUAAAGGAGAAAUAUGCUCUGGAAACUAUUAAUUUUUGUGUCUACCACAAAAAAAUGUUUAAAAUUAGGAUACAGAAUGUGCCUUGAGAUUUACAAUGGUAACCAGACCCCUUUGAAAAUUGUCUUAAAAUUUGACUAGGGACACAUUCAUUCUUUCUUAGUGCUGUGACUGAUUACCUGUCUCAAACCUCCAUUUUCAAUUUCAUAGAGAUCUAUUUAUCAAUACUAGGCAAUUUUACAGUUGUGUAUAUAGUUGCCAAGUGUUUGAUUUGGAGUGAGGCUGUAGGUGACCUUGUUGUGAUAGAGACCAGUAUCUAGUUAACUUAAUAACAAAGCAAUUUACAUUUGAUAAACAGCAAGGUUUGUAUCAUAACAAGGUUACCCUUAGCCUCACUCCGGUUCAAAGGCAUAGCAACCAAGUACACAACUGUAAAAUGGACUAUUAAGAAGACUACACUAGGGAGACACAGUGGCCUUAUGGUCAGUGCACUUGACUCCAGGUCAAAAGGUCUGGGUUCAAGACCUGGGUGGGUCAAUGUGUUGUUUUCUUGGACAAGACACUAACCUUGUCAGUGCCUCUCUCCACCUGGGAGUAUAAAUGGGUACUGGAAAAUUAUCAGGAAAGCCUAAUGAUAUUCUGGGGGAUAAAACUGUGAUGGACUAACUUCCCAUCCAGGGGGGGAAGCAGUAAUACUCCUAGUCACUAUGUGCAACUCUUUCACUAAAUGUUAUUUACAUUUUAGUUAUUAUAAUUUUCUAUCACUUUUUUUUGUUCACUUUGUUUUUGUUCAGUUGAAAAUGUCCUUCUAGAGGGUGGUGUGCCUCAGCAGCCAGCGAUUUUUGCCCACAGAGGAAGAGAUAUUCACAAAAUUCAUGUAGCAUUAAAGUCCCUAAAAGAGAGAGAUGGCUGGGUUAUUCUGCAUGGAAUGGCUGGCUGUGGAAAGACUGUCUUAGCCUCUGAAGCUCUUAGAAGUGCUGUUGUCUUGGAUGAGUGCUUCCCAGGUGGUGUUCACUGGAUACGAAUAGGCCCUGUAGAUCAACCUAAACUUCUCAUGCACAUGCAAAAUCUUUGUGCCAGACUUGAUUCUGAUCAUAAUCGACAACCUCCACGAAACACUGAAGAAGCUAAGGACAGGUUAAGGGUGCUCUUUGCCCACCAGCACCCUCGAUCAUUGCUAAUUCUUGAUGACCUUUGGGAUUCCUGUGAUGUGAAGUUCUUUGAUGUCCGUUGUCGUAUCAUGGUUACCACUCGUGAUGCAGCUAUCACAGACAUGGUGGGUGGGUCGAAAGCUAAAGUUCACAUUAGUGAGGGUUUUACAGAAGAUGAAUCACUUCAAAUUUUGGCUGAGUGGACAAAGCAGCUGCCCAAGACAAACCUCCCAGCUGAGGCAAAAGAAAUCUUUAAACUUACAAAUGGUUCUCCCCUAGCAAUAAGUAUGAUAGGUGCUCUGCUUCGAGAUCAUCCUACAAGAUGGGAAUAUUAUGUCAAACAACUGAAAAAGAAGAAUGUCAGUAAGCUUAAACCACAGUUUGAGUAUCAAUAUCCAACUUUGACAGAAGCAAUUCGCAUGAGCAUCAAUAACCUGCCUGAUGAACUAAGGGACAUUUAUGAAAGCUUCGCUGUGUUUCAUGAAGAUUGUAAAGUUCCUGCCCAGGUCCUCAUUAUACUGUGGAACGAGGAGGUAUGGUACCCACAACUUGAUUACAAGAAACACCUUUGCAUGUCUUACUUUAGAUACAUCUGAUAAUCAGUUGGUUUAUCUAGUAGUUGGUUAGCAAGUCCAUUUGUUAUAAUCCAUAAUUCAGUCAAUCAGUGAGUCAGUCAGUGAGUCAGUCAGUGAGCCAGUCAAUCAGUCAGUCAGUCAGUCAAUCAGAAAGUCAGUCAGUCAGUCAGACAGUCAGACAGGCAGUCAGUCAGUCAGACAGGUAGUCAGUCAGUCAGGCAGGCAGUCAUUCAGUUUUUUACUCAGUCAGUUGGUCAGGCAGUCAGUCAGUCAGUCAGUCAGGCAGUCAGUCAGUCAGGCAGGCAGUCAGUCACUCAGGUGGGCAGUCAGUCAGUGAGCCAGUCAAUCAGUCAGUCAGUCAGUCAAUCAGACAGUCAGUCAGUCAGUCAGACAGUCAGUCAGGCAGUCAGUCAGUUAGACAGGUAGUCAGUCAGUCAGGCAGGCAGUCAUUCAGUUUUUUACUCAGUCAGUUGGUCAGGCAGGCAGUCAGUCAGUCAGGCAGUCAGUCAUUCAGGUGGGCAGUCAGUCAGUUAGGCAGUCAGUCAGGCAGUCAGUCAGUUAUUCAGUCAGUCAGUCAGUCAGUCAGUUAGGCAGUCAUUCAAUUAUUCAGUUAGUCAGUAAGUCAGUCAGCUUUACUGUUUGUCUGUUUGACUUGCAAUUAAUUAUUUCAUUCCCCAGCUGCUUGGUUGGUUACUAAUUAUUAAAGCUAGAUCAGCUCAGAAAGCUUUCUCAUAAGUGAAAUAAAUAAUUUUAUAGUUUGAAGUUGUGGAAGACUGGAUGGAAGACUUGGUGAACAAAUCCUUGGCGAGAAGAACAGUGGAUUCAGAAGAUGCAAUUGGUACAUGGUACACUGUGCACAACUUGCAGCUAACUUUCCUUCAUGAACAGGCCACUAACCUGGAAGCUCUGCACAAGAAGCUGGUGGAUAGAUACAGAAAGGUUUAUAAGGGUAAGCUAUUGGUAGGCUAAUCUUUGGCAGAGCAGAGUUACAUAAUGCAUAUGACACAAUGCCCCUAGAAUGCAUUCAAUUGACUGUCGUAACAUCAAAACUAAGCAAAUUUCAACGUCUUAUCAAAAGAGGAUUAACAUUUCAUGAGGUCAGUGAAGAGUUUCAGGGGGGUAGUUAGGGGGGAAGUCCUCCGGUGCAAACCCUGCCCUUUGUAAAAGAUCCUAUCUUCUUUCUGUUAAACUUUUUAGGCAACUUUAGUGAGAUGAAAAAUGAUGGCUAUAUUCACCGGAAUCUUUUGCGACACAUGCUUAGAGCAGGUCUGAUAGAAGAGGCACAGCAACUUAUCAGAGAUCUAAAAUGGCUGGCUGCUAAACUAGAUGUCACUGGACCCGCUGAUCUACUGAAUGACUAUUUAGCAGUCAAAGGACACGAAGACAGCAAGGUAACUACACAGCACCAUAAAAAUGUUUCAAAUGACCAAAGAGUGGAAAUUGAUUUCAUGGCUCUAUAUCAAACAAAAUUAGUCCAGCUCGUUCAAGGAGUUUUUAUCAGUUGACUCUGCAUGUUUUUCCCUCGUUUAACCUUAAAUGUAAAAUUUUCUCUCCAGGAACUGAAAGUCAUCAAUGAUUUCCAUCAUUUUGUAAGUGUGAAUGCCCAUCGUUUUGUGGAGAAACCUCUUCCAGAUUUAAUCCAGAUGGGUCUUAGUGAAUCCAGAGACUCUGAAGUCUAUAAACAGGCAUAUGACAAAGCCGUUCAGCUGGGAGGGGAUGGCAAGUUUUAUCUUGAUUGGAGGUGAGAUAUGCUUGUCCUGUUCCAUAACAAGGGGCUAAGUUAAUUAUCAAUUUGUUGAUAUAAUCAACAUACCAGCAAUAAAAUUUAUGACAAGUUUAAUUUGUAAUGACUUAAUCAAACUCUUCUACUUACAAGAAAGAGGUUUUUGCUGAUUGAAUGAAAUGAACCUUCUAGAACUCCUUGCUCAUCUUGAUACAAUUAAUUACUGCAAUCGCAACAAAAUGUGUUCAAUGCUUUCUUUAUUUACAGAAUUUACAACAGAAUUUGAAAGGAGCUGAGCAAUCGUACUAACACAAUUAUUUGCCUCGGGCUCAAUGAACAUUGUUGAAUAAUCCCCUGGGCUUCAUCCUGGGGAUUAUUCACAAAUAUUUACUUUGCCUUUGGCAAAUAAUUGUUAAAUAUACUCUCAAACAACUGUCAUGCCCUGAAAUACUGGUUAGAUGCUGAUGGAAGACUGCCUUAUUAGGAAUUCUUUUUGUGCCUUCAUUGAACUAACAACCAGUCUUGAAAUAACUUAAUCAACUGUUUCCAUAGUAACCGUGCAGAAGAGUCUCAGGAUACACUUCUCAUAACAGUGAAAAUUCACCAAGGAGCAGUGUACUGUUGCAGUUUUUCACAGGAUGCAAGCAAAGUGGUGUCUUGUGGUGCUGACAAAACUGUAAAGGUAUUGCACUUUGAAUGACCUUGUAGCAUACAAUUUAUUACUGACACUAAAUGAGAUUUUUGGUUUCAACUGAAGCUAGUAACUCAAUGUUCUUAUUAGCAUCCAGUAAUUGCACAUUUUUGAAGAAAUGUGAAGUCUUUUGCUCUCUAAUUAGUUGAAGAAGGAGAUGUUUCCAGUUCAGUAGAUCAAACAAGCUUCAAAAGAUUGUCAGUAAGGAUAGCACUUUGAAUUCCUUUUAGGUUUGGGAGAGUCAAUCAGGCAAAGAGCUGCUGUCCAUGAUGGGCCAUACUGAUGUGGUAUACUGCUGUGCAUUCUCCACUAAUGAUGUCAGAAUUGUUUCAUGUUCUGCUGAUCACAGAGUCAAGGUUUGUCCAUUACUAUGGCUAAGUUAUUGGCUGGAAGUAUCUUGAAUUUGUAUUUUUUGUUUGGGCCCUUUGUGAAGAAAUACUCUGAUUCCAAUGUUGAAAGGUUAUUGUGCAUAACAGAUUAUAGAGAUGUGACUUUACAAUGUGGAACAUAUUUGCUACUCUCACUAGUAUUCAAUGAAUGAGGAUUUAGUAAUUAGAAUGGCACCUCUUAUUUGUAUCCUCUUUUGUAAAAGUGAUAUGUAACUCAAUCAUGUGCAGAAAAGAGAGCAGUCUAUCAAUUCCUCUUUAGAUUUGGGACAGCAGUAGCGGAAAAGAACUACUGACUUUCAAUGGCCACAACCAAGAAGUAUUCAAGUGCAUGUUUUCACCAGAUGACAAGAAAGUUGUUUCCUGCUCUGCUGACAAGACUGUCAAGGUACUGGUACCACUUUAAACCUUACACUCUAACAUCAGUAGGCAUAUUUUCCAUACUGAUUUUUUAUACAAUUCCUAAGGUGCUGACACCAAAUUGCUCUCAAAAUCAUGUUAUUACCUAUACUAAUUUAAUUAAAUAAAUGUCCUUCCAUUAUAAACUUCUGGCCCUCUUGACACUGUUUACAAAUUAAAGUAAAUGAUUGAAUAAAAGGUUUGGCUAAUUUUAAGAUGGCUUAGAGUGUGGUUUUGUCAAAAAGUGGCUAAACUUUGUUAAGAUAGCUGGCCCGAUAAGUUUAUUUAAUGAAUUCACUUAUACACACUUAGUGCACACUAUACACUUCAUUUAAAGAAUGAUUAUUAAUAAUUUAAAUAUUUUCAUAGACCCACAGGUAGUCUAGACUGAAUAUAGGCGGGAUAUGUUUUAACCAAUAAAUACAAUAUAAUAUAUCAAUUUGAAAAUGAAAGGGUAACUAAUCAUUAAAAAACUAAGUAACACAUCAAUACAUGGAAGCUCGUUUUACAACUCUUUGAGUUGAUAAGUUAAUAAAUCAAAAUUUAUAAAUGAAAUUUAGGCCGUGAUAUGUUAAUUAACAAAUUCGACUUGUUUCAUAAUUUCUAGAACAUAAAUAAAAAGUAAUGAUUUAUUGAUUGAUUGAGAUUGGCUAUGAUUUUGCAUCUGGACCCCAUCACAGAGCAAGUAAAGCAAAACCAAAGCAAUCCAGGAUCACUUUUGUUACUGAAUUUAAAACUGCACCUACUUAGACUUAUUCUUUUAACCCUGUAACUCCCAGAAGUGAUUAACUUGUAACUUCUCCUUAUAAUUUCCAUACAUCAUCCUGCAAACAGGUAUUGAGAAACCUCCAACUUAUCAGGUAGAAGUUAUCAUCUUGAUCUAACACUAAACUCACACUAACUCAUUUACAAGGAAACAUGUAGCAGCUAGAGGGGAGAAUUUACAAUCAGAUCUUGGGAGUUAAAGUGUUAAAUGACUCAACUGGUUGAUAUUCAAGUCAGUGUGUAGACCACCUUCAACUUUUGAUCAUUAUUUGAAUGGGUAAAUAUUUUAUUGCAUGGAAAUUUCAGGUGUGGAGUUGUGAAGAUGGCACAGAAUAUGUGAAUUUCACUGGUCAUGCAGAUAUUGUCCGCUGUUGUUGUUAUUCUCCUGAUGGUUCACAAAUUGUGUCUUGUUCUGAUGACACUCUUGUGAAGGUAUUGUGACACAAAAUGAUAUUAACCCCAAAUACUUACCUUUUUAACCCUUUAACAAUCAGUAGAAACUCAGGGCAGAGGAGGUUGUACAUUUUAGGGAAAACUUAUCAUAAAUCAAAUCAGUGAUGAGGAUUUCUGAGAAUGGUUUACAACAUAAUCAACCAUGUUCAGAUUUACAAGACGAUGUGGUUUGUAAUUUGUAAAUUGGUGGCUGUGGGGAGUUUCAGAUGUUUUGAGGGUCAGCCCCUCAUCAGAGCUCUGACAGCUUUAGAGAGUACAAAUAUAAAGUUCUAUGUGAAGAUUUCAUGAUGAUGGCUGUUACUAAGGGUGCUCUGUAAGGUAGCAACAAAUGUACCACAUUUGUUUUCAAUCAUUUGUAACAUAUGUGGUAAAUUGGAGUUGUGUUUUUUUUUUUUUUACCUUAUCAGGUCUGGGAUUCAACAUCAGGACAAGAGUUGUUUACCCUUGAAGGAGGAACAACUAGUGCUGUGACAUUUUGCUGUUUCAAACCAACUUCACACAGUAUAGUUGGUGUUUCAGAUACUGUUGCUAAGGUUAGAACACAAGAAAAAUAAUUUUUCAUGUCAGAUUUUGGUGGCUUUUGUGAGGUUCUCAUGAUUUGAAACCAGAAAAUGAAAAAUUAUUUCAAUAUGUCUUCAGCUCUCCAACUUGUUACAAAUAAGAUUUUGAUUUUCAAUCCAUAGUUUUCUUUUUCCAAUAUUCUUUGGGAACUCAAACUUGAAUUAUGGAAAGGAAACUAUUAAACAUCUUUUUUUCCUUUGCAUUUCCAUUUCUAUGUGGACCAAAUUCUUGCAGUUCCAGGGUUACUUUUUAUAUCAAAAUUGUAGAGUUCCCUUUGAAAAGGCAAGCAAGAUUUUAAAUCUACCCACUGGGAUUAACAAAAUUUUAUUUCUUUGCUAGAUUUGGGACUCAAAAACUGGUGAAGAAUUAAAGACCCUUUAUGCAUCUUCCACCCCUCUCUCACUGGCAUAUUCACAGGAUGAUAGUAUCUUAGCGGUGGGUCUGUCAGACACAACUGUACAGGUAGGCUUUCAAUCUCACAUAUUCAUUUAUGAACACGUCCUACAAUUUCAUGAGCCUCUUAAAAUUUUUUUUGAAACUUUGAUGGAAUUCUUAAAAUCCUUUAUAAACCAUAUUAAACACAACUAGACACACUUAACCCUUUGACUCCCAGAAGUGAUUAACAUGUAACUUCUCCCUAUAAUAUCCAAACAUUAUUCAGCAAAUAGGUUAUGAGAAUACUCAAACUUAUCAGGUUAAAGUUGUUAUCUUGAUCUAAUGCUAAAUUCUCACAACUAAUUUAGAAGGAAAUGUUUGGCAGCUUGAGAGGAGAAUUAACGAUCAGAUCUUGGGAGUUAAAGGAUUAUGUUUGACUUAUUUGGAAUUAUAAACAUGAUUAUUGUAACAAUCACAUCUCAAUUAUGAGACAUUUUGUCAGUGAAAUCUCUGUCACCUAUCACAGAUAUGUUAACCAAAAGAUUAAUGUUAUUUGUACUCUUUGCAGCUGUGGAAUACAGUCAAUGAAGGAAGCAUAGGUGUGUACCGAGGCCACUCAGGCUGGGUUCACUGUGUUGCCCUGUCACAGGAUGCCAGCAAGUUGGUUUCAUCCUCUGAUGAUGAAACUGUCAAGGUAAAGCACUACGAAGCUCAAAAAUGCAGUAUUUUUAAAGGUUAGUGUGAUUUUUUAAUAAUCCCAAAUUUCGAUUUUUCUCUCAACUGUAGAUCUGGAAAGUUGACAACACCAAUGUUCAAGAGUGUAUGAAACUCAGAAUGGUGUUUGAUGUGAUGUUUAGAGGGGAUUCCCUGACUAUUGCCAUUACAGACACAUCCAACAGGCUGAUGGUAAGUAGUAGCUGGUUACCGAAAAAGAAUGGUAAUUCUAAAAGUUGGAAUGGUGGAAUGACAGAAUGGUAGAAUGGUGAAAAGUUGAAACAAAUCCUAAAAGACAGAACUGUAAAUAGUGCACACAUCCUGCUAAAGGAUAGAGGGUUUUCCAAUACACCCAAACCGUUGCAAAUUGUCAAAGGCAGUUGACAAAUCGUCAAACUGGAAGUCGAUUCGCCAAGUGAUGUUGUAUAUAUACUGGAGGUCUGAGAAACCAUCUCUUAGGAUUUGAAAAGGCAUACCGGAUGUCAAUUUGCAAGAGAAAGAAAAUAUUCCAUAAGUGUCUGCAAUAGGGGGUUGAAAAUGUUGUUGAAUCGACACAAAUUGACUCAAAUUGAACAACUCAUCGCAACAAAUGACAACCUGUCAUACUGGAUGUCAAUUUGCAAGACACUUAAAAAAUAUUCUACAAGUGUCUGUGAAGGGGGGUUGUAGAUGUUGUCGAAUUGACAUGAUUCAACUCGAAUCGAAGGACUCAUCACAAUAAAUGAUGACCCGUCAUACUGGAUGUUGAUUUGCAAGACACUGCAAAUUGACAUCUGGUAUGACGGAUCGUCAUUUGCUGUGAUGAGUUGUUCGAUUCGAGUUGAAUCAUGUCAAAUCAUCAACAUUUGCUACACUGUAUAGUUUUUAAUAUUCUGAUGAUAGACUUCUGGUUGUUUCAUGCUUUAAGAAUGUGGAAGGUUCAUGUUGUCAUGUUCUCAUACCAUGUGACUCAUUUUCACUCAUUGCUCACAUGUGUACCCCUCAACUUCCGGUAUGUUAAUUCACGAUUCAACUUCUGGCAUACCAUGGUAAUUUCACAUAUUGCUUACGCCUCUCGACUUGUGGUAUGUUAAUGCAUGAUUUGACAUCCGGUGUGAUGAUUUGUCAAGGACUGUAGACAAAUUGCAACAGUUUGGGUGUAUUGGACAUGUAUGAAAGGAUAAAGACAGCCAGCCAAUAUGCAGUCAAAAUAUACAUGAAAAGCAUGCAGAUGUAAACAAUUUAGUUAAAAUGGCUCCAUUAAAUUUUUCUUUUACUGUGGUUAUGGCUGUAAAUAAGAAACAAGUGCAUUCCUCUAGAUGCAGAUCUUCUGUGUCACAAUACACAUUUUAAGCAAACUAACUAAAGAUAACUUUUUGUGGAUUGGUUUAAUUUACCGGUACACUGAAGGUAAACUCAUGGAGGGGAAAAGGUUUCAAUUGGUAAGCUUUUUUUUUAGAUUGCACCCCCUUUUCCCUAUAUUUUUUAGAUCUCAGUCACUUACGUACAUGACCAGAAGUCUGCUAUGACAUUGUACCAAAGGAAAUUAUUUGGCUGUCUUUAUCCUUUGGCAGGGUGUGUAUAAUAUUUAUAGUUCCGCCCUUAGGAUUUGGAGUGAUUUCAUGCCAUUCUCUCUUUUAUGAUUUGGGGUAAAUUUCCACCAUUCUGAUCAUUCUGCCAUUCUUUCAUUCCUCUGUUUUGGUUUUAAGGUUCCUUGACAUAGGUCAUGAUAUUACACAGGUCCAAUAUAGAUCUUACAUAAGUCGCCCAGUAUUGUUAUGUGCAGUUGUAAGCAGUUGUACUAUUUUUUGGUCCGUUUACUACGCUUUACCAAGCAGUGAGAUUCUUCCUUUCCUGAUGCUUGUAAUGGGUAAAAUCCAGCUAAGUUUUUAAAGUUAAAGAAUGUGGUUUGCUUCCUGACGUUGUGUGAAGUGACAAGAAAUCUCUAAAACCUUUGUAUUUUGUUACUAUUAUGCUGAGACUUAUUAGAAAUGAUUUUUUACCUCUCCUUUUAGAUAUUUGAAGGUGAAAACACCAAACUGUUGUCACAAAGUGUAGUUAACCAAAUAAAAAUCACAAGCAUUAGUUUUAACAGUGAUGGAAGUCUAGUCGCUACUGGCUUUGAUGAUGGAUGUAUAAAGGUAAGCAUAUUUGUACAUGAAAUGUUACUCUGAUUCAGAGGUCACUGAACUGUAGAUCCAAACUCAAAAGAUUUAGCCAUGAAAGUGUUUUACUUUGUAAGAAGUUUGGUGCUUAUCAAUUUGAGAUCACUUGACUUUAGAGUGCAGGAUUCUGAAAUAUUUGCCUCCUUUCACCUUUUAGAUUUUAGAGAAGUUAACAUGCAAAACAAUCCAAGAAUUCAAAGACCAUUGUGAUCGCGUUAGGUGGUGUGCAUUCAACAAGGGCUCUGAACUUUUAGUGUCAGUUUCAGAAGACAGCACUGCCAAGGUAUACUUACAGCAUUAUAUUUUUAGUUUGCUAAUUUGUCACUUGAGUCCCCCAAGGAUAUCUUGCAAUUGAUAGCGGUAACUAUGAAGCAUUAUGCAAUUCAGUAGGGCAUUGCUCUUAAAAUUCCAGUUCCAAAGGAGCCAAUAUCUGUAUUAACCCUUAACUCUGGGAAGAGGGUAAAGAUAAUACUCAGACUUAUCAGGUUAAAUUCAUUUGUUAUCUUGAUCCAACACCUAAUUCUUGUAACUAAUUUACUAGGAAUUUUGCGGCAGCUAAAGGAGGGAAUGAACAGUCAGAUCUUGAGAGUGAAUGGGUUAUAUCAGUGGUACCAACAAAUUUUAAAUUAAAAGAUUAUUCUUGUUAAUUGAACAAUAAUUUGCUCUACCAGUGGAGGUUUUCCUUCUUUAAAUUCUUUGAGCAGCCUAUUUUCUUCUGCCUUGUCUGUCAUGUGAGUCAAAAAUUGAAUCAUCAACACAGUAAUCAUCAGUAAGCUUGUUCCUCUUCUUCCGAGUCAUUAGGCCUGUAGUUGCACACAUUUACAUUACAAUCUGACAUUACUGUGCAAUUCACUGAGCAUCAGAUUAGAAUUGAUUAACUGAAAAUUUAUCCCAAAUGAAGGUUUACAACUGUGUGGAGGGUACUUUGGCAUUCUCUUUGGAAGGUCAUAUUGCAAGGAUACAGAGAUGUAUGUUCUUCCAUCACAACCAACAGCUGGUGCUUACAGCUUCUCAGGAUGGGUCUCUUAAGGUAUUUUGUUAUUAGGAAAUAAAUUCAAUAGUCAUAUUGCUGUACAGUGAGGUUCCAUUGUCUGAAGGCCCUAGAUAUUGUGGGCUUUCCUUUAUUAAGAACUUUCUUCACAUUCAGAGAUGAAAAUGUUUUGUUGUAACAUUUUAAAUUUGUAAAAAUCAUCAUCAUAACAAAGACUCGCGGCCAAAAUUUUUUUAAAGUUGCCAUUUGGUAUGCUUAAUUGGUGAAUGGUUUUUAGCAAAUAUGUUAGUGAACUCACAGAUAAUUGGCUUCCACAGUUUUCCCUUGUCAAAACUACAAUCUCACUAACUUUUCUCAAGAAUAAAAAAAAGGAAAGGAAAUUCUGUGCAAUUGGUUACCAGCUAAUGUUAGCCUCAAUUUACUUAAGAUUUUGACCCUAAACACUUUGUAAUCAAACUGUUACAGCCUGCUACAUGAGUGCUAAACACAGGUCUUCCAAAUAAGUGCCUUUGGUAAAAUCUAGUUUCAGUUUUUUUCCCCUUGUUAGUCAAAAAUGUUGCAGUCUGGAGCUCUGCCUUCAACUUAGAAAUCAGAGAGAGUGUUGUCACCAUCACCCCAGCCCUGCUUUUUUUGACCCUUUAACUCCCAAUAGUGACCAAGACUAGUGAUGAGAAUAAAGAAAAACAUCAACAAGGGGAUUAUUAGCUGUUCCAAUACUAAAUUCUCCAAACUAACAUCAUAAGAAUUGUAUGGCAGACAGUAAGGAGAAUUACUAAUGAGAUCUUUGGAGUGAAUUGUUGGUCCCUGAAUGAAGGCAUUGUCUAUCAUGCACUGUUAAAAGUAAUUCAUUCAUAUCAAACUUAAUGUGUCUCAAUUCAUUUUGUAGGUUUGGAAUGUACAGAGUGGAUCUCUACAGUUUUCAUGUCAACACAGCAGUGAAGAGUAUGUUCUCUCCUGUGAUGUUUCUCAAGAUGACAAGAAAUUAUUGUCAGCUUCAGUGGAUAAAUAUGCUAAGGUAAUCAAACCCUGUCUCUUCCUUCUAUAAUUGGCAGGAAGGCAUACAGGUACUUGUGACAAGUGAAUUAUGAUGUUGUGAUCAUUGAUGAGGGCAGGCAUGAAUCAACUAUUAUGCAUAGAAACUGAGAGCAAAAAAUUUUAGUAUCUUAAUUCAAAAUAAAAGAGCCUCUAACUACCAGUACAUAAAAUUGUUUAACUGCUAGAAAGUUCUAAAAUUAGUCAAAAAUAAGUUUUAAUUCCCAAUAUUUCAGCUGAGAACUCCAGCCUUUAUCAGGGUAAAUUGAGCAGGAAAAAUUUACAGAAAGCACAAAUUAUGAUGAGAAAUGCAAACUCAAACAAUUGUUACUAAUAAGUUGUGUCCAUUAGCACCUAAGUCAAAUACUUGUGUGAUCAAUAAAUGCCAUUUUCGUGAUUGAGCAGAUUCCUGCAAAUGUCAAAAUAUAUCUAAAAAAAAGUCUGUCUAUUCAGUUUAUUUUUUUCAGUACAAUGUUAAGCUACAUAUGUUGCUUGCUAUCUAUCACAGAGUAGAUAAUGAGUAGUAUUAAGCCAAUCAAAUAGCAUCAUUUCUGAUAGAAUACUUUUAGGUUAACCAUAAUAAAUGAAAUAACUUUUUUCAAUAUGUGUUAUAUAUUAAUUAGGUUUGGGAUUCUUCCACCGGAGAGCUUUGUUGCUCUUUUGGGCCACACCCUGAUGUUGUGAGGUCUGCGUCAUUUUCACAAGACAACAAGUUUAUCUGCACAGGCUGCGAUGAUGGAACUGUCAGAGUGAGUUCUUGCAUUUUGUAAAACAAUACUAUUACCAUCUCUUGCAAACUUCUUAAAAUAUUUGAUAUGAAGCAGAUUGUUUUAGAAUAUACAUGUCAAUGCAAUAUCUUCUCAUUUUAUAGGUAUGGAAUAUGUGUGAUGGUAACAAAGAACUUGCUGUUUGCAGUAAACAUGAUGCUUGGGUUGCCAACUGUUGGUUUUCAAGCAACAGUGACCUGUUGGUAUCUGUCAGCAACAAUAUAAAGGUACUUCACUGUAAACUUCAUAUUUUUGUUAUUUAUUAACUUUGAUUCUAUUCAGCAAUCAGAUUAUGAGCUCAAUAUGUCCACUGGGUGACAGCUGACGAGGGCACAGCCUGAAUCAACUAUCAAACAUCAAAAUGAAGAUAAACAAUCUAAUUAUUUGAGUUUAAAUUUAUGAGUGGUUUGAAACCUCACAAGACAGGCUCAUGUAAUUGUGGGAUUUAGUUUACAACUGCACAAUGUUAAUCAACCCUUUAAGCCCAAAGAGUGAGUGGUGUCUUACUUCUCCUUACAUUAUCACUGUUGAAUCAAACAUUAAGGUCAUGAGAAUAAGGGACAUGAUCACCCAUAAGAGAAGCUCUUGAUUAUUAAACAAAUUCUCUUUGUAGGCACUGUAGGAAAUGUAUGGAGAAAAGUAUGGAGAAUAUGCAUACUCGACUUACAUACUUGUUUAAAAAUCUGUAUUAGUUUUGACGUUAGGGUGCUUACUAUCUAUCUCAGACUACAAGUAUCACAGAGAAGCGAGUAGCAAGUAGCAUGGCAAAUCAAUUUGCUGCAUGUUUGAUAGAAUGCCUAUAAAUUAAUACUAAUAAAACUUAGUUGGUUAGAUCGUGGGAAUUUUUGAAACUUUAAAUUUCAAUGAUUAUUUUUAUGGUUCAAUUCUGUUCCAUUCUUCUCACUCUUUCUUGCAGAUUAAUUCCAAAAACUCACUUUCUAUUCUUUCUCUUUUAAUUUAGUGGUGGAAAAGAGAUGGAACACUUUGUCAACAAUUUAACCUCAAAGGAACCCAAGCCAAAAGUAUCUACAUCUCUCCAGAUUUCUCCACUUUUGUAUCAGUGGACAACAUAGGGACAAUUUAUGUACUCAAAAGAAUCACAUAGGAGCUGACUAGAUACAUGUUACAACUUCCAGCAAGUGAACCAAGGUAGCGCAGUGGUACAGAAUGGACAGAUUUUGCACUUCAGGGAAAUUAGAUUGAUUGUAAAUCUUUUCGUUGUUGAUGUAUGCCUGUGGAUGUUGAAAGUGGUAUGCAAGUAACAGAGUCUGGUCCCAAACUGACUUUUUGAGAUCCAAAAAAAAUCUGAGGUUACAAGAACAUUUUUGAAGAGAUUUAGGUUGCACCUAACUGUAAUAGAUUUUAAAUGUAUCUAUUACUUAUAAUGUUAUUGUUUAGAGAAUUCAGAUUUAAAAGUUUUUUCAAUGUUUUCAAAACAUGAUUCUAUUCCUCAUGGCAACUCAGAAUUUUUUUCUUUGUCCCAUGCUUAUGACAAGGUGAUAAAACAUCUUUCUCUAUUUCUUAACCAAGCUUAACAACAAUAAUUCUAUUCAUAAGGCCAUUGCAUGUAACUUUUGUUAGAAGUUUACACCACAAAACUUAGUCAGUGCAUUCAGGUUAGGGUUAGUUUUAAAAGUCAGUAUUAGUUUUGAUUUAAAAUUAAUGCUGUCUGCAUUUCAGGCACCAGAUGGUGAGGUGUUUGUAAAAUCUUGAUGAUAGUUUUGCUAGUGUGUUAGCAAAGUUCAGACUUUUCAAAUUGCAGAAUGACAGAAUUAUUGUAAGGCUACAAAUAAAUCAGAUAGAAUAGACAUUGGAAACUCCUUUGCAUUCUUAGCCAAGUUCUACUUUUUUGUAAAAUAACUACCAAAAGCCUAAGUUUGCCUUUAUCAAGCUGAAAAAUAGAGGUGGAAAAAUCAAAGCAAAAAGAAAUUUACAAUAACAUACUUAAGAAUUUCAGGGAAAAAGCAUAUACCAGUAAAUGAAAAAUUAGUGUUGGAAGAUCCCCUUUAGCUUAAAUAUUUUUUUAAGGAUGGCAUGUGCGGUUUUGAUCCUUGUACUUCUACUGGUCUCUUUUUUACGCUUGAAGCUUUCAAACUGUUGCACUCAUAAAUUCUGCAAUAAUUUUUUUUGUACAAGCAAAUGCCAUUGCUCUCACUUUGUUGCCGUGUUAAAUUGCACUUACCAACGAGAGGUGUAUGCAU